AUGUCUGACAACGUCACCUGGACCAGCGACUUCGACAAGUUCCUUGCCGAACUCGACACCGAGAAUUACGCCAAUGACAACAGCUUCAUGGAUCUGCUUGAUCCUACUGGUUGCUACGACUUCGGCCACGUCGACGAUGGCGCUCUUGGCGCUGCGGACCCCCUGGAUCCUGCAAAUGAGACCACGCAUCAACGCAGUCCAGAUGACGGCAAUGAUUUGACAUUUUCAAUGGCCAGCGCUCGAGCCCAAAAUGAUUCGAAGUCCCUGGAGAUAGCUUCUGCUACUUCAGUCGAGAGGACUGCGGCAGGAGCGCAAUCGGCUUGUGCGCAGUGCGGCGAACAUUUCGAUAGCGUAGGGUGGCUGCUACAUCAUGCUCAGAUAAAGAAUCAUCGGAUACUGCUAUGCCCAGCCACGAGCGCGUUGAAACGGAGCAUCCGUUUGCUUGUGUGGAGUCACGCCAACGAAGCACAACACAACCCCUUUGCUUGUUCCUGUGGCAAGAACUUCGCUCGACUUGAUGUCCUCGCCCGACAUCUUGACUCCAUGGGGACCGACCUGCCGAAAUACCCCUGUCACUUCUGCAAAAGCCACCGCGGGGAGAAUGGCUUUCGAAGAAGAGAUCAUCUACUGCAACAUGUGCGCGGCUACCACAAGUUCGAGGCUGAGGGUAAGAUCGAAAAUAUUAUACCUUCCCGCCGAGGCAAAUACCAGACGCCUCCAGUCUGCCACUUUGCGGAUUGUCUGCACUACCGCGACGACAACUUUGAAACCCUCAGUCGCGAGGAGCAAAAUCGCUCCAAGCCAUUCGAAUCACAGUCAGAAUACACCAAACACAUGAAGAACGCCCACGACUUCACACAUUACCCCUGUACGGUGAGAGGAUGUAGCAAGAUUGGCGCCAAGGGUUACGCGAGGGAGAAAGAUCUCAUCAAGCACAGGAAGAAGGACCAUCCUGAGGCAGGAACGUAUGUCCCGGCAACGCGAGAUACUAAGAUCACUUGCCCGAAGUGUGAUACCAGCCUGGGACAAAACAGCGCUUUUUGGCAUAGGUGUUAUUGGUAG